UGUAUUUGCAAUUCAUAAGGGGAAACAUCUGAUUUUGUUGUAAUAAUGCUGUUUUGGUUACUUUUCAUGGCUCAUCUCAUUUGGUCUUUCUUCUUCAAACACCGUCUCCGAAGAAGCGAAUCGAGCAUCCUUUCAUGAAGUAGAAACAACAUUGGUUGGCAGCGAAGAGUGCGAAGCAGCCUAACCAAACAUGGCAGUUUCUCAGACGGCGGACACCGAAGAGCUGUUGACCUGUCUACGAAUCCAGCUGUACCAUCCUGACCCUCAGAACAUCUUUAACUCUCUGCCCAUGAAUAAUAGGUUCAAGCAGGAGGCGGAGGACCCAGUGAGGUUGGGUCGGGCGGCCGAAGCAUGCCCGUUUGUCCUGAAUGACACCAAGGUCUCUCGUAAGCAGCUGGCUCUGAUGGCUUUCCGUGCCCCUGGUAGUACCGAAAUGCAUUUUAACGUGCAGAACCUGAGUCGCAAAGGUCGCUUGCAGGUCAACGGCAUCGAACUGGGACACCUGGUGGGAGCCGAGCUGCCCGACAAGGCUCUGAUUCGCUUUGGGCGAUAUGAAAUGUUGGUUUUGCGGGAGCCUGGAGAUUGCGAGACCCACUUUGAGGUGCUGUUUGAGUGUCGAAGUGUGGCACCAUCGCAGGAAAUGGGUGUAGGGGUGGCCGGCACCACGGCUGUGAUGGAGUCUGGAGAUGUUACCCUUUCUUGGAGAGAGCCCAGUAAUGUACCGACAGAAUCAGAUGAAUGUCACAAUUUUUAAUGUGAAGACUACUCUUUAGUUCGCACAGCACCUGUGCCUUGAGUUCAAGAGUUGUCAGUGAAAGACAUUUUUAUAUCUACUAUGUAUAAAUCAUGUUUACCUGUGUUGAAAUGCUGUCUAUUUAUUCAAUUAUUUUUAAAUAUGAAUUUGUUUGACCCAUAAAAUGAGUUUCCUGAGCUCAAGUCACUCCAAGGCUACAUAGAUGUGUAAUAGCGGUCUUAUACAAAGACUAUUAUGCUCUGACAAAUUAAUAAAAAAAAACAAGUUACAUUUUCUCGUACAAAUAACUUUUAUCGUUUUGUGCCUUAACUUGAAUGAAUAAAAUCAGAACAAUCAGUU